AUGAUUUUACCAAAAUUGGCCAAGACAACUGGAAUGAAACAUACGAGCAAACCAUCGAAAGGUAAUCUUAAUAUAAAUCAAUCUCUACCUUCAGAGUUCACCUUGAAAUUAUUCAAGAUUUCUGAGACUUUUCAAAAUUUCUUAAAAUUGGAUAGACUCCACAGAAAGCCGCUUGAACAGCGGAAAAAAUCAAAAUCUUCAAAAUCAACCUCAAACCCUCGAACUCAGCAAAGGUCGAAGAAAAGGAAGAACUGUGAGAAUGAGGAUCCUAAUUGCUUGCCUCCUACUUCAGCUAAACUAAAAUAUUUCAGCAAGAAGAAUAAAAGUAAAGAAGCUCCUAGACAUAAAGCGUCAACUAGCAAGACUGUGGAAGUUUUUCUAUUUGAAAAUAAAGAGCAGAAGAAGGAUAAAACUAAGAAAAAUGGUAGGCAAAUAUCCCCUGCAACGAAGACUCUCGAGACUAUGGUGAGGAAGUACCGUUAUAAGAAAGAUCCACAGUUUGCUUCAUUUAGUUAUAACGGAUACACACCUUCAUCUGUAAAUAAGCAUUCUUCCUCUAAGCCUCUGAUUAGUCUCCCUGUGUAUCAAAAAUACAUAAACAAGGUAAAGAAGGCAGAUAUGAGUUCAAAUUUAAAGGAUUUGCAUCGAAAGAUGCAUUCCUGAGUUUUGGAUUCUUUCAAUGAAAAGAAGCGGAAGUCCAACUCUAAGAGUAAAUCUCACCAGAAGAUUUCUUACAAAGCUAGUUCAUCAUUCAUAUUCCGGACAAAGUCUCCAUUGAGCAAGACCAAGACUUGAAAUGAAAAUUUUAUCAUGAAGAAUAAGAAGAAUUUAAAGAGCAUGAGUAAUACUGAUGAAUGCAAGAAGAAACAGAAAAACAAGAGGUUCAAGAGUACCCUGAGCAAGAAGUCUAUUGGGAGCAGUACUCAUAAAACCUCUGGAUACUCUACAUCAAAGAAUAAAGGUUCCCUUACAACUUCUUACCAGAAGUUUAGAGAGAACUCCUCUGUAAUUAAGUAUGGCAGCUUUGUGAGCACUGCCAAAGUCAGCCCAACUAGAGUGAAGUCUAUUGAAAGAGUUCCAAAGAAAUCUCAGAGGAAGCUAGAUAUGAACUCAAGGAAGCCUUCAUGCGGAAAGAGGAAAAAGUCUUGCUCCUCUAAAGCCCAGACUAAAGCUCAGGUUUCCAUAGCAAGUCACUAUAAAAAUAAAUCUUCAUACAGGAAGUUUACAAGAAAUCAAUUCACUAGCGAAGCUCUGGAUUCUGGAUAUGGAUCACUGAUUGAUAGUUAUACAGAGAUGUUGUCAAAGAGGAAAAAUUGUAAGAAGCCUAAUAAAAAGGAAGCCUCUCAGUCUUUCCAUGCUGGGCUUAAGAAGAAAUCUAAGCAUAAAAGGAGCUUCUUAGAGCCCAAUAUUCAAACAGUAACCAGGUUAUUAGGAAAAGAGACUUUUGAUUUUAAUGGCAUAAGCCUCAAUGGAUCUACAGAUGGUUAUAAAAAGGCUACAACUAAGAGAUUACACUGUCGGAGGAACACUACUCAGUGCACCAAGAAAAAUUCUGUAUCUAAACCCUCAAAACCUAAGAAGGCAACACCAUCUGUAAAGUGAUCUUUUCAUGAGAAUUACAUGACAGUCCACUCUGUUACUAGUAGUUGUAAGAAUAUGGCCAAGAAAGAUGCAAAUGCGGGCAAAUCAGAGGUCACAUCAAACGAGUCUACUCCUCGUAUUGGUGACGAAGAUGUGGUUGUUAAUACCAUUACUGGAGGAUACGGAGAAACGAUCAAGAACUCUUUCUGCAGCAAGAAUAUCAGCUUUAAAAAUAAAUUUAGAUAA